GAGGAAGAGCCGCUGCACGGCGACCACAGAAGAAGUUCUCCUCCGGCCUGAGGAGCGUCUCCCAUCGCCUGGAAAAUGAAGGUGCUCGGCGUCGUGCUCGUUGCGGUGGUGCUGUGUGCGUGCACGGGAGCUCUGGGUGUGCACGUCAGAGUGGGGGACAGGAGCUUCCCCUUGGAGGCAGUGGAGCAGCUGAUGGAGCUGAUGGAUCGGGGCGACGGCGCGGGCCCCCCGCCUCUCCCGGCCGGCGUGGUGGCCGUCUGCGCCGACCCCGUCCUGCCGAGGGUCUUUGGGCCCGUGUGCCGAGAGAAAAGAGCGGGCCUGGUCUUCUCCAAACUAGCGUCGAUCGUCUCGUCUUCGGAUCCUUGUGACAUAUGUGCCAACCCCUCCUGCUUUGGGUGUCUGAACUGAGGCUGCAUCUGCUCGCAGCACAAACACAUCAUUUAAGAGCCUCUGGAUUCGUGCCCCCCCCC